UUCAAUCCGUGGUCCAAGUUCGUGCUGGUCGUAUUCCGUGUUUGCUGUCUGCCGCUUCUGGUUAUUCCGUGCGUGUACCGUCUGUUAGUCCCGUGGUUCGCGAGUGCCUUUUUCCUUCGCCGUUCCUUUUGCCAGACGCGGCUAAUCUAGGCUAGUAGAGCGGCUACAUAUGCUGAAGAAGAAUUUUGCUGCAACUGCUGCCGUUCUACAAUUUCGAUUUCAUUGAUUACCCGCAUCAGUCCCCUCGGACAGGACGACAGUUAACCCGCAAUGGAUACACAGACCGAACCGGAAGUGCCGGUGGCACCGGCUGGCGAAGAACCCUUCCUCGGCCCACUGGAUAUAGUACUACUGGCGAUACUAGUCGCUGGAGCUGCGUGGUUCCUGCUCAAAAAUAGGAAAAAAGACUCACAACCAAGCCAGUUCAAGUCCUACUCUAUACAACCUACCACAGUGAACACGAUGGCGAUGACGGAAAAUUCCUUCAUCAAGAAGCUGAAAUCAUCUGGUCGUCGGUUGGUAGUAUUCUACGGUUCUCAAACCGGAACGGCGGAGGAGUUCGCCGGUCGACUGGCGAAGGAAGGUCUUCGCUACCAGAUGAAGGGAAUGGUGGCGGAUCCAGAGGAAUGCGAUAUGGAAGAAUUACUAUCGCUGAAGGACAUCGACAAAUCGUUGGCUGUGUUCUGUCUAGCUACCUACGGCGAAGGAGAUCCCACAGAUAACUGCAUGGAGUUCUACGAGUGGAUCCAGAACAACGAUGUGGAUAUGGCUGGACUAAAUUACACAGUGUUUGGACUUGGCAACAAGACCUACGAGCACUACAACAAAGUUGGAGUGUAUGUUGACAAACGCUUGGAGGAACUUGGAGCCACCAGGGUCUUUGAGCUGGGACUUGGAGAUGACGACGCCAACAUUGAGGAUGAUUUCAUCACCUGGAAGGACAAAUUCUGGCCGGCUGUGUGUGACUUCUUCGGCAUUGAGAGCACCGGCGAGGACGUCAUGACACGUCAGUAUCGCUUACUUGAGCAACCGGAAACGCCAGCGGAGCGAUUGUACACUGGUGAGAUUGCUCGGCUGCACUCGUUGCAAACACAGCGACCACCGUUUGAUGCGAAGAAUCCUUUCCUGGCACCGAUCAAGAUCAAUCGCGAACUGCACAAGGCCGGUGAUAGAUCCUGUAUGCAUAUUGAAUUCGACAUCGAGGGGUCCAAGAUGCGAUACGAGGCCGGUGAUCAUUUGGCAAUGUAUCCGGUGAACGAUGCUGACUUGGUUGUGAGGCUUGGCAAAUUGUGCAACGCAGAUUUGGAUGUUAUCUUUUCAUUGAUUAACACCGAUACGGACAGCAGCAAGAAACAUCCAUUCCCUUGUCCGACCACGUACAGAACAGCACUGACGCAUUACAUAGAAAUAACGGCUCUGCCCAGAACUCACAUCCUCAAAGAGUUGGCUGAAUAUUGUAGUGACGAGAAGGACAAGGAAUUCCUACGCUUUAUGUGCUCUACCGCUCCGGAGGGAAAACUCAAGUACCAGGAAUGGAUCCAGGACAGCAGCCGAAAUAUUGUGCACGUGCUGGAGGACAUCCCAUCGUGUCAUCCUCCGAUCGAUCACAUCUGCGAGUUGCUUCCCCGGCUGCAACCCCGCUUCUAUUCGAUUUCAUCAUCUUCCAAACUGUAUCCCACCACGGUUCACGUAACGGCCGUGCUGGUCAAGUACGAAACAAAAACCGGACGGGUGAAUAAAGGUGUCGCGACAACAUUCCUCGCCCAGAAGCAUCCAUUGAACGGACAGCCCCUACCGCGGGUUCCGAUCUUCAUCCGAAAGAGUCAGUUCCGGUUACCGGCGAAAACGGAAACGCCCGUCAUUAUGGUGGGCCCCGGAACAGGGCUGGCUCCCUUCCGUGGGUUCAUCCAGGAACGAGACUUCCUCAAGAAGGAGGGUAAAGAAAUUGGGCAAACCAUUCUGUACUUCGGUUGCCGGAAACGAACCGAGGACUAUAUUUAUGAGGAGGAAUUGGAAGAUUACGCCAAACAGGGUGUCAUCAAUCUGCGGUCAGCCUUCUCCCGUGAUCAAGCUCACAAAGUGUACGUUACACAUCUGCUGGAGGAAGACAUGGACCUACUGUGGAAUGUGAUAGGGGAGAAAAAGGGUCAUUUUUACAUUUGCGGUGACGCCAAGAAUAUGGCCACCGAUGUGCGAAACAUUCUACUGAAGAUGCUACAGACCAAGGGUAACAUGAGCGAAACCGAAGCUCAGCAGUACAUCAAGAAAAUGGAAGCCCAGAAGCGAUACUCGGCUGACGUGUGGAGUUAAUCCUGCGGUUACCCGGUCGUAGCUUCUAUAAGUAGUGUAACACAAUCCUCUUUCGUAUCCACGGACGCCUGCAACAUUUUCAUCAUUUCGUGAGCUGUUACCUUGCGGCUUCGUAUUUGUUGGCGUUACGUCACAUGAGAAGGUGGUAUCGGUAUUCGAAGGAUGCAUGUUAUUUACUUUGGUAAUGCGAAAAGACUUGUGAAAGUGCCCGGAAUUGAUAGUUGUUUUUUUUACUGUUUAACACACGAGAGAAAAAAAAGAACUCAUACACGCCAACAAGGGAGGGGGGAAUUGGAAUAAAUCGGUCAAACGCGUCUUUUGUUAUGUUAGUGACGACAGGAUAAACAGUUUAUAGAAUACAAUAUUUUUUAUACAAGUAAAAAGAAGCGAACAAAUAACCAUCAGCCGGAAACUUCAAGUGCGAAUCAGGUGUUUAGUACGUACUGGUUACAUCAGAUGAACAAUCGUCGAUAGGAUGAAGAAUGCAAUACAUUUUUGGAGAUAUAUUUGAAGGUAGCUAAUUGAAA